AUGUUGGUAGUUCCGUUGCUCAGCUGUGUGUAAGCCAUAUUUAUCGGAAUUGAAAACAUAUUUACAAUUAAUCUCAUUAAAUGACACAAUCAUAAUUAAUAUGCCGUUAGCGAAUUCGUUGGAGCCAUGGCAAAUUCAGCACGCCGAUACCGAGCUUUUGGAGUGUCCAGGCCCCUAAGAAUAGUGUCUUCCCAGUCUGGUGACACAGACGAAGCGGUCGCAAAUGAGGAUUCGGUUUUGAGCGAAGGCGAACACGAAAUCGAAUUGGGAGAGGUUGUUAGGAAUGGGCACGACAAAGCGGACCCGUCGCAAUUCGAAUUGCUCAAGGUACUGGGCGAGGGCUCCUUCGGGAAGGUGUUCCUCGUUCGUAAGGUGGUGGGCAACGAUGCGGGCACCUUGUACGCCAUGAAGGUACUGAAAAAGGCCACCCUGAAGGUGCGCGACCGUUACAGGACGAAAAUGGAACGGAACAUUCUCGUCGACGUCGAGCAUCCCUUCAUCGUCAAGCUCCACUACGCGUUCCAAACCGAGGGGAAGUUGUAUUUAAUUUUGGAUUUCUUGCGCGGCGGCGAUUUGUUUUCUCGUCUAAGCAAAGAGGUGAUGUUCACAGAAGAGGAUGUUAAGUUUUAUCUAGCCGAGUUGGCUUUGGCGCUCCAUCAUCUGCAUUGUUUGGGCAUUAUUUAUAGAGAUUUGAAACCGGAAAACGUACUGUUGGACGCCGACGGUCACAUAGCACUUACAGACUUCGGUUUAUGUAAGCUGCCCCUGGAGGAAGGGAAGGCGUACAGCUUUUGCGGAACGGUGGAGUACAUGGCGCCGGAAGUGGUGAACAGGAAGGGCCAUUCGUUCGCGGCAGACUGGUGGUCGUUCGGGGUGUUGAUGUUCGAAAUGCUGACGGGCAGCUUGCCGUUUCAAGGCGCCGAUAGAAAGGACACGAUGACUCAAAUAUUGAAGGCGAAACUAGGCAUGCCCGCGAACCUAAGUCCAGAGGCCCAGAGUUUAUUGAGGGUUUUGUUCAAGCGCAAUCCGGCCAAUCGGUUGGGUGCUGGUCCUGGGGGAAUUGAAGACAUUAAGAAUCAUGAAUUCUUUGCCACCAUCGACUUUGAGGCGUUACCUUUGAAGAAGACGAGGCCACCAUUCCAACCAGCUGUUUGCGGCCCUGAGGAUGCGUAUUUCGACUCGGAAUUCACGAGUAAGACGCCCAAAGAUUCGCCGGGCGUUCCCGCCAGUGCCAAUGCUCAUGAGUUGUUCAGAGGGUUCAGUUUUGUUGCACCAUGUUUGUUGGAGAACGGGACGUUGCCGAACAACAACAAAAUCGAAACGCAAAUGAAAUCAGUAAAGACGACUGACAGGAACUUCUUCGACGAGUACAACUUGUUGGAGAUGCUCGGCGCUGGUAGUUACAGCGUGUGUAAAUUGGCACGACACAAAACCACAGGACAAAACUAUGCUGUUAAGAUAAUACAAAAGUCGUUAUGCGAUAGCCGAGAGGAGGUUGAAAUUUUGCUAAGAUAUGGGCAACAUCCAGGAAUCGUUACACUAAAAAAUGUCUAUGAAGACGCAAAUAAAAUGUAUUUAGUAUUACAAUUGUUGGAGGGAGGAGACUUGCUUGACUACAUGUUAAAAAAAAAGUAUUUAUGUGAGAGGGAAGCCGCAGCAAUUUUAAAAAGACUAGCAACAGCCGUUGCGUAUUUGCACGAGAACGGCGUGGUGCACAGAGAUUUAAAACCCGCAAAUAUACUGUUUGCCUCCAAAGACUGCAAUCCUGAAAGUGUGACCAUCUGUGAUAUGGGUUUUGCCAAACAAUUGAGGGCUGAGAAUGGUUUAUUGAUGACCCCUUGUUAUACGGCCAACUACGUCGCCCCCGAAGUCCUGAAGCGUCAAGGCUACGACGCCGCCUGCGACAUCUGGUCAUUGGGGGUCAUCCUGUACAUCAUGUUGUCCAGCAAAUGCCCCUUCAGCACGGCACCCAACAACAGUCCCCAGCAAAUCCUCCAACGUAUUAGCUCCGGAAGGCUGGACUUACAAAGUGGCAGAUGGGCCCACGUAUCGAACGAGGCGAAGAUACUCGUGGCGGAUAUGCUGCACAUCGCGCCGCAACGCCGACCGACCGCCUCGAAACUGGUGGCGCACCCCUGGGUUAACGGUAAGACGGCGUCGAGUUCGGUGGGUCCGCAGAACGUCACACAGGCGCCGCAGGUGGUCGUGGAAGAGCCGAGGACGUCGGAGAAUGGACAGGAUUUGGGAAAUUUGAAGGAGACGGUGGCGGCGACGUUCAAGGCAAUCGCCACCUCGCCACAGGUCGCUCAUUUGGGACCCGUUGCCAUGUCCGAGUUGGCCAGGAGGCGGUUUAGGGAUAAAGCGAACGCAGAACGGCUCUAAUCGAUUGUGUGAAGGUACGUUUUUGUGAUUGGUUGAUUGCGUUGUCAGUGGAGAAAAAUUUAUUAUAUUUACUGUAUGCUAAGCGUUUGUUUAACAUAAAUAUAAAAAUUUCUUUCUUUCAAAUGUAUACUGAAAGUUUUAGUUGUAUAUUAUGUUUCCAUUUCAGAGUGCAAUUUUGUUUAAAAACAACACUGAAAAAAUUUAUUUACAGACAAACACAUUAGUACCUGAUACUUUUUAAUGCUGAUUAUUAUUUGUUAAAUAUGCGAUUCUGAAUGCAUUCUAAAUAUUUGGUUGUCGUUCCCGGUAUAUUGUACAGUAUUUACUGUUUGCUAGUCAUAGUCAUUUGUACAUAUGGUUGAAAGGUUCAUAUAAUAGGUUUACUAAAUUUAUAACAACUAUGUUUAUAUUCAAAUUUUAUUAUAAAUUAUAUUCAUUUGAAAAUGCUAUUAACUUAUUUUUUCUUAAUGAUCCAGUUAAAUUACACAAUAUUUGUGUUGCUCUCUUUUGUAUUCCCUAAUAUAAUACAUAUUAUAAAGUUUUUUAGCGUGAGUAGCAUUUUAUAUUGAAUUUUAAUAUAUAUAUAUUUUUUUAUUUAAUUAUUUAGUACUGGUUUUAAGGCAUAUAAUAGAUUACACUUUACAUCACCCAUUACUAUAAGCAUAUUUUAAUAAUAUUCCUGACGUAUUAAAUGUGCCGCAUUAAUUUUAGAUUAUAUUAUAUUUUAUUACAAUUACAAAUGAAUCCAUUUUAUUAUACAAUCAAUUAUACAAAGUUACAUUGUCAAUUCUGAAUAAUGGUACUACACAUGAAACACUCAACAAUACCCAAACCUUAGUAAUUAAGGUUAAUCAUCAUUAAGACCUGAUUUGCUCAGAAUGUGUCAUCAAUUUGAGUAGUUGUUACAUUUUUGUAUGGUGUGUUUACCCUAAUAGUACUAAAUCGAAACGCUAGUUUGGUACAGGUGAAUAAGCAGGUAGAUUCUUAUAAAUUUAGAUGUGUUUAUACACAUUUCUGCCACAUUUAUUCUUUAUCACAAAAUAAGUGAUCAUCUGCUUAUUCACCGCCUUUAAUGUAUAUGUUGCCAUAGUUAAGUAAGUUCCUUAAAAUAUUUCAUUGUAUGUGUAUGAACUAUCCAUAUCAGUGUUUAGAUUUUAGGUACCCAUAUGUAUGUACUAUGUAGAAAUGUUCACAAGUUACGCUACGAUUUCUUGUGAUAUUUUCUUAACAUAUAAGUUAAUAAGGUAUUUUUAAACAAUGUGUGUUUCAUUUUAAAUGAUGUGAUACUUUUAAAGUCAUUUGUUACUAAGCAGGAUUAUAUGAAUAUUUUGUAAAACGAGUGUGUAAAUAAAUGGAAAUUAUUUUCUUUA